AUGUCCACGCAUCACGAACGCUGCUUUAUCUGCAAUGAGUUACCGCCAAACACCUUUGUGGUCGUCGAACCAGCAAAUGCAACAGUUGCUGCUACAGGCGGCAGAUGGACACAACUUAUAAACAAUAGAGGCGAUAAAAGGCUAAUAUUCAAAGUUAGAUGCUCAAACAAUAAUGAAUACCGCGUGAACCCAGUGUACGGCUUUGUUGAUGCCUCCGGAAAUGCCUACAUUGAAGUAACACGAUUGAAUGGAGCUCCGAAGGAUGACAGGCUUGUGGUGCAGUAUGCCGUAGCCCCGUCGGACGCGACUGAUCCUCGAGCUGCAUUUGCUGAGCUGCAGCCUGAAGGCAACUUGACCAUCAACGUUGUUGCAGCAUGA